AUGGCAAUCUUGUUGGGCAAUGGUGCCAACGUCAACCACCGUGAUAAGCUCGGGGAUACGGCCCUCUUCUGGGCUGCACAAAAAGCAGAUCACCUGCGCGUUCUCGAGUUGCUUCUGGCUUAUGGCGCAGAUGCAACCAUGCAGGAUCGCCAUGAUCAAACACCGUUGCACAUUGCCGUCUUUAGCAAGGAUGAGCGCCAAGUCCGCGCCCUUCUCAAGGCAGGUGCCGACUACAACGUCAAAAACAACAGUGGCAAAGAUCCCUUUGAGGAAGCGCUCGAGGAUCAAAAGGCGGGCAAACUCUUGCUCGAGUUCAUCAUCAUGCCAGUUUCAAGUCAAAAUGACAUUUUCUACUUUGGCGUGCUCAAUCUGACAGCCUGGUACCUUUACUACCGUGCGGCUCACCUCAAUCCUGGCGUUGUCGGCCGCAACGCUCAGCGGGAGAAAGAAUACUUUGAUGUCAUACAAAGACUGGGUGCCAGCGGCUGGGGCACGGAGGCAGACGGCCACAUGGCCGAACUCGCGGGCCUCUGCCACGAUUGCAAGUUAGUCAAUCAUCUCCACACCACCCCGUGCACGCACCCUGGCGCACACCCCUCCCUGCACACACUGUUCUCUGAGCACGCUGAUGUUAAUAAUGGACUGCCGGUGCUCGAGCAGGCUCGUCAAGCCCGGACGCACCUCACAUGA